AGGCAAAGUCUCCCGACCUUUCCAACGCAUUGCAAUGAAGAGCGGCGAGAACAAAGCAACCUUUUUCUUCACUUGGGUGUGGGCAAACAAGACAACCCUCUAAAUGACUUGAACAAAUCCUCCUCUGCCUGCCCUUUCCCAAAUAUCUCACCUCGCUAGAAACCCCUCCGCGGGACCUUAUCCAUUCCGAACCUCGUUCGGCCUUUCCCCACACUGCCAGCCAUUGCGAGUUCUCGGACACCGGGACUGCAACGGUCGACACGUCGGUAGCGACGAUGUUGGCGAAAGGAAGGGGAGGCAAGAUCAGAGCUCCUCGAAGGGGUCUCACAAAAGACGAUGUUGACUUCGAACCGACAUGGAACGUUCUCUCUACCGCUUUCCAAGAAAUCCAUAGUAGAAAUGCUUCCAAGCUGUCCUUCGAAGAACUCUUCCGCAAUGCAUACAAGUUGGUCUUGAAGAAGAAGCAGGAUAUGCUAUACGACCGGGUGGUACAACUGGAGAAAACAUGGCUGCGAGACAAUGUCCGGGCGAAGACUAUUUCGCUGAUAACUCCAUCCAUUGCUGUCGGCACCGUUGACCAGGCGGCUGGGUCCGAUGCAAACGAGCGAAGAAUUGCAGGCGAGCGCUUUGUUAGAGCUCUCAAUAACGCCUUCGCCGAUCAUCAACUGUGUAUGGGUAUGAUCACAGACGUUCUGAUGUACAUGGAUCGAGUGUACAGUCAAGACCAGAGAAAACCCUCGAUCUAUGCUACGGCUAUGGCUUUAUUUCGAACCGAAGUACUCAAAGCUCCCUUUGGUGCAGAUGCGACGUUCGACACACUUUCCUUGCUUGAAACCGUCGUCCUGGACAUGAUAAAAAUGGAACGAAAAGGUGAGGUGAUUGACCGAUCACUGGUCCGAGCAUGUUGCUACAUGCUAGAGGGUCUUUACGAGACCUUUUCCGAGGAGGAAUCGACGAAAUUAUACCUGACGUCUUUCGAACCCAAGUUCCUCGAAGCGAGCCGACAAUUCUACCAAGACGAAGGAAAGGCACUCCUGGCCGAGGCCGAUGCGAGCACAUUUUGUACACAUGCACGGAGACGACUCGCCGAGGAGAUGGAACGAUGUCAGCAGACUAUCUCGCCGAUUUCCGAGCCAAAGAUCAAGGCCGUGGUGGAGAAGGAGCUGAUCUCGGCGCAUAUUCGCGACAUAAUAAACAUGGAAGGGACCGGGGCGAAGAACAUGCUCGACAACGACCGAAUUCAGGAUCUCGCUAAUGUUUAUGGACUCAUCGCUAGAGUAGACCCCAGAAAGACCGCGCUCAAGGAUGCUGUACAGAAACGCGUGAUCGAACUUGGGACAGAGAUCAACAAAGCUGCAAGUGUUCUAAGUGAGGCGCCGCCACAAUCCAGGACUGCACCGAAAUCUGCAAGUGAAGGAAAAGCAGCAGCGGAAAAGACUCUGAGUCAACAGACACAAGCGGCGAUCACAUGGGUGGAACAAAUCCUCGAAUUGAAGAGCAAAUAUGAUCGGAUCUGGAUCGAGGCGUUCAGGAGGGACGCCGUGAUGGAAAAGACGCUGGAAAUCUCGUUCCAGGAUUUCAUCAACACCAACGACCGAAGUCCGGAACAUCUUUCACUAUUCCUCGAUGAGUACCUCAAGCGUGGAGGAAGAGAUAAGACGGAAGCCGAAGUCGAUGCGCUUCUUGACAACGGCAUCUUACUGUUGCAAUACCUGGCCAACAAGGAUCUCUUCGAGACAUAUUACAAGAGACAUAUGGCCAAGCGUCUGCUGAUGAAGAAGUCUGUUAGCCGAGAAAUGGAACGACAGAUGCUCUCCAAGAUGAAGAUGAAGAUUGGAAACCAAUUUACUCAGAAAUUGGAGGGUCUCAUCCGAGACACCGAAUUAUCUGACAACCUCAGUACUCAGUACAAGGAAUACGUCAAUCGCUUGGGCGAUCCAGAUCCCAAGCGGAUCGAGUUGGACUGUCGGGUCUUGACAGCGAACGUCUGGCCUUUUGAGACUUUAUUCAAGCCCGAGGAGGACGGAGAAACACGACGGGAGAUCAAAUUCCCAGCUUCUGUGGACCAGGUCCGACAAAGAUUCCAGAAGUUUUAUCUGGACAAGCAUACCGGUCGAAAACUGACGUGGAUGCCCAGUCUUGGUGAUGUUGACAUGAGGGCGACAUUCACCACGAAAGGCAAGACCCGGCGGUACGAACUCAAUGUGUCGACACAUGCCAUGAUCAUUUUGAUGCUCUUCAACGACCUUGCCACCGGACAAUACCUCACCUUUGAGCAGAUUGCGGCCGAAACAAACAUACCUAACCACGAACUCAUCCGAAACCUCCAAUCACUCUCUCUGGUUGCCAAAUGGAAAGUCCUCAAGAAAGAGCCAAUGAGCAAGGAUAUUAAGCCGACGGACAAAUUUUGCUUCAACGAAGACUUUUCGAGUCAAUUUCUCAAAAUCAAAGUCAGUGUGGUUGCUGGUGGAUCGAGUAGAGUGGAGAAUACAGAGGAGCGACGUGCAACCCAGAAGAAGACGGACGACGAACGUGGACAUGUGAUUGAAGCAGCAAUUGUUCGAAUCAUGAAAUCGCGCAAGAACCUUUCUCACUCUCAACUGAUGACGGAGACUCUUGCACAACUGUCAGCACGGUUCCAACCGGAUGUCAACAUGAUCAAGAAAAAGAUUGAAGGACUGAUAGAUCGGGAGUAUCUGGAGAGAGGACCGGAUCCGACAAAGCCUUCUUACAUCUACCUGGCGUGAGAAGGGUGGUGGGGCAGAACAUUAUGGAGGUUUUCUUUGGGCGGCAUCUUGCGGCUUGUGCCGGGCGUGGCAUUACGAUGAGAUAAGGAUGUCUGUUGUCUUAGGGAGCAUACUAGCAUUUGGGUCCUGGCUUCGCAUGGAGCAUUAGCAUGGCGUAUCCGGAAAGAGAACGUUAGCAUCACCGUUUGAGCAGGGCGAAUGGUUCGGACGACGACAAUGGAAUUAUGACCAUACAUUGAGCGAGGACAUUGUUAAAUGCCAUAUCUUGGAAUCCAGAAGCUGGUUUCAUAUUGAUUGAGUGUCUAGAAAUGACACACCCGUAACAUCGCAUCUUUGAAAUCGAGAGUAGAUAGACUUAUGCCGCAAGGCUGCAGCCGCAAUGCGCCAAGAACC